GCCCAGUCCCUUUAUUAUUCUGUUCUCUUUAACAAAAGGCGAGGCUUCGCCUACACAACCGUCGUAACAAUCCCUCCGCAACCCUCUCAAAAACCUUCCAUCUCUUAUCUGUACAAAAAGGAUAGUAGUUUAGGUUAAUUUUUUUUUUUGGGGGGGGUUUGUUUGGUAAUCAGUUUUUAGAGUUAGUUUUCUUUCUUUUUAAUUCCAAUGGCUUCUACAAAGAAAGAUGUGGAUCGGAUCAAAGGUCCAUGGAGUCCAGAAGAAGACGAGGCUUUACAGCGGCUGGUUCAAACGUACGGACCCAGGAACUGGUCUUUAAUAAGCAAAUCGAUACCGGGUCGAUCGGGAAAGUCUUGUAGGCUUCGAUGGUGUAACCAGCUUUCCCCUGACGUUGAACACCGACCCUUUACUCCCGAAGAAGAUGAUACCAUAAUCCGAGCCCAUGCCCGAUUCGGUAACAAAUGGGCUACCAUCGCUCGACUCCUUAAUGGUCGUACCGAUAACGCGAUUAAGAAUCACUGGAACUCGACUCUCAAGCGAAAAUGCUCUUCGAUGAUUGAUGAUUUGAACGAUGAUUCACCACAACCGCUUAAAAGAUCGGCCAGUCUUGGCACAGGUAAUAAUGUGUCGGCUCUUUACUUGAACCCAAGUAGCCCUUCGGGAUCCGAUUUGAGUGACUCGAGUUUGCCCGCUGCCUCACCGGUUUACAGACCGUUAGCAAGAACUGGUUCUUUGGCCCCUUCUAGUCAGCAUGUGGAAACGGCUUCAUCGACAACCGAUCCACCUACCAUACUCAGCCUCUCGCUGCCCGGGUCGGAUUUGUGUGAAAUAUCGGAUAGGGGACCCGUAUCGACAACCGGCUCCAACCCUGUUUCAAUCCCAACCCAGGUGGCAGAAAAGGUAGAACCACCAGCCCCAGCUCCUGCAGCAGUUCCAGUUGUGCAGUUGCAGCAAGUGGGGGCGCAAAACAGGGAGUUUGGGAUGGAGAGGCAGUUUUUCAGUGCUGAGUUUUUGGCAGUUAUGCAAGAAAUGAUAAGAAAAGAAGUGAGAAACUACAUGUCUGGGAUUGAAAAAAAUGGUCUUUGUUUGCAAACUGAAGCUAUCAGAAAUGCUGUUGUUAAGCGUAUUGGAAUUAGCAAUAUCGAGUAGACAACAACAAGAAUCAGCAGAAGCUAAAAAAGAAGUCCUUUGUUUCGUUUUUCGGUUUCUUCAGUCUGUUUUAUUUGUUGUUUUAGUUAUUCCAUCGGUGGUUAUAGAAAUAAUAAUUUUGUUAGUGUACAGAGGGAUAAAAAUGGGGAAAUCAAGAAAUGAGUGGAUGUCGCCGAUUAGAAGGGUGGAAGGAGGUUACCAGGUUGGAAUUGGAAGAGGAAAAAAAAACCUAAAAAAUGGAAAUGAAAAAAAAAAAGAUUUUCCCAUCAACUGAUUUUGCAGAUAUUUGUUUUGUUUUUCAAACAAUGCGUUCAAGGAAAUUAUUAUGAAUUUUAAAAGUUUGCAAAAGUCUGGGUGGGUUAAUAAUCUGCGGACAGAAAGGACAGAAACCGUUUUCCUUUGGUGUUGGAGUUUUGUUAUAAAGCGAAACCAAAAAGAGCAUAAUGGUCUGUGUUUCUGUUUGGUAGUUAAGUAUAUUAAGCGGUGUCUUCGAAGAUUUUAGGCAUGUGACACAAAACCUUUUGAUACUUAUCAAUAUUAGGCCACCAACAAGAUAACCGUCCUCUUACCAAGGAAACAAAUUGAGACAUGUUUUCUUAUUGGUCUUUUCUGCUUUUUGAGUCUUAAUGGUAAGACUUUUGUUUCUUGAUUCCAAAUAAAAACUAAAUCUCUUAAGCAGCUAAUGCUUGUCAAAUUGAUGUCUGAGGACAAAGCAUCGUAAUUUACUUAUUUAUGUAUGGGCGUUCUCUUAAGCAGCUAAUGCUUAUUAAAUUGAUGUCUUAUUGAUAUACAGUUUCUCUUAUUAUGUUAUGGGGAUAAAAUUAGAGAAGCUAGCCUUGACAUCCCCGUGAUAAUUUAGAAAAAUUUUUACGACAGUAUACCCAUGACCAACUGCUGGCAUCUCCUUCUCUCGGUACUUACCAAAGGAUUAUAGCAGAUGUCAUUGACAGAUACCGUAACCAUGAAAUUGUUUGGUAAGCUAAGAGUUUGUGUUUAGCAAGGGUUCAAUGGUAUUUUAGUGUACAAAAUGAUUUGAUAUGUUUUUCUUUUUUUUAAUCUGCUGUAUAUUGCUUAAGACUUUAGGCCCGAACUUGGAACAUAGCUACAUAUGCUAUUUGGUACACAGGCUCCAUGAAUUCCACAGGAUUUAGACAUCGCUUGCCAUGUGACAGAUCAAAUCCCCUUUUGCUCUUCAAGAGUGUAUAUUCAAAGGCUACAUCAAAAUCAAGUGUCAAUCUUCUCCAGGUUCCUCUACCAAAAUCAGUUGAUCUGAACUCCACUUCAUCGGAAGAUAUAAAGUUGAACACUGCAAUUCUGCUAUCAUUGUAUCUUGUUCUUCCUUGUUGGUGGUCCAAGAGCAUUGAAUCGGGCCAGUGGACGCUGGAUGUCUCUGGACCUUCCAAGACAAGACGAAGAACGUAAUCCUAGUCAAACAUCAGCUUGUAGUUACCUCACUUUGGCUUCGUGCCGAUAGAAGCCUUUUGUAUCCCGUGAGUGGUUGCUCAGGGAGAAGUGUAUCGGUUGGUGAAUCAAAGCUUUUCCAAAGAUUAACAUUGACCCGAGUUUGGUACCUGAAUCAAGGAGAUUUAACUAUGACCAGGAAUAUGUAACUGUGUUCUUGCUGGAUCAAAUUAUGAAUUGACCCAUAUUAGUGAUGG